AUGAUUAUCAUCAUCAUUCCUUCAUCCAUUCUCACCCUUCUCCUCCUUACCAUCACAGUCGAUUCCACUAAUCUCAUCAAUCAAACAUGCAAAAUCUCAUCAAUGUCUGACCCAAACAUCAAUUUCGAUUUCUGUAUUGACGCUUUUCACAAAGCGCCUUCAAGUUUCGACGCUAAUCUUACUCGUUUAGGCUUAAUUUCUAUCAUUCUGGUUAAACACAAUGUGAAUGAUACCAUCAUUUUGGCUAAAACAUUGUUGGAGAAUUUCAGGGGUGAUAAUUUUACGAGGGAAGGAUUGGAAGAUUGUGAAGAGCUUUACGAGGAUUCAUUUUUGACACUUUGUCAAUCUGCAAGAGAUUAUAGAGGUGCAAGAUUUAGUGACGCUAAUAUUAAAGUUAGCUCGGUUAUUGAUGCUUCUUCUACUUGUGAAGAUGGGUUUGGUGAUUUUGGGGUAGUUUCUCCUUUGACGAAGCAAAAUAGUGACACUUUUCAAUUGUGUGCUAUAGCACUUAGUAUUAUUGAUAUGUUAAUGUAUUAG